UCCGCGCCCUCCUCCCUGCCCGCGGGGCGCGGGAGCCGGUGACGGGAGCGAGGCGGAGUCUGGAGGGAAGAUAGCGAGAGAUAGAGAUUUAAAUCACAUCCCCGGCUGUAGAAGGGGCAGCAGCAGCAGCAGCCCCGGCGCAGAGGCACGGACGCGCGCGCCGAGAGAGGUCUGCCGGCUCCGCCGCUGCUGCUGCUGCUCGCCAUGGGUGCCGCCGCCGAGCCCCCCCGCGCCAUGGGCCUGGUGUCCAGCGUGGUGAACGACACCCUCGAGUUCUACCGCUGGACCUGGAGCAUCCGAGACAAACGUGUCGAUGACUGGCCCUUGAUGCAGUCUCCAUUUCCAACACUGACUAUAAGUACUAUUUAUCUUCUCACUGUCUGGCUGGGCCCCAAAUGGAUGAAGACAAGAGAGCCCUUCCAGUUACGUUUCCUGUUGGUUGUAUACAACUUUGGAAUGGUUCUACUCAACUUCUUCAUUUUCAAAGAGCUGUUCUUGUCAUCAAGAGCUCGAGGGUACAGCUAUGUCUGCCAGACUGUGGAUUAUUCAGAUAAUGUUUAUGAAGUUAGGAUAGCUGCUGCUUUAUGGUGGUAUUAUGUCUCUAAAGGAAUUGAAUAUUUGGAUACAGUUUUCUUCAUCCUGAGGAAGAAAUUUAACCAAAUUAGUUUUCUUCAUGUCUAUCACCAUUUCACCAUGUUCACCUUGUGGUGGAUUGGUAUUAAGUGGGUUGCAGGUGGACAAGCUUUUUUUGGAGCUCAGAUGAAUGCAUUUAUUCAUGUCAUUAUGUACAUGUAUUAUGGAUUAGCUGCCUGUGGCCCAAAAUUUCAGAAAUACCUUUGGUGGAAACGAUACUUGACCAUAUUGCAAUUGGUGCAGUUCCAUGUGACUAUUGGCCACACAGCCUUUUCUAUUUAUAUUGAUUGUCCUUUCCCUAAAUGGAUGCACUGGGGUGUCAUUUUCUAUGCUAUCACCUUCAUUUUCUUGUUUGGUAACUUCUACUAUCGGACUUAUAAGCUGCCCAAGGAACCCAUAAAGAAUGGCAAAAUAGCAAAUGGUGCUGUUGCAAAUGGAGUAAGCAAACCAGAAAAUAAUGCAGUGGUGGAAAAUGGAAAAAAGCAGAAAAAGGGAAAAGCAAAAGGAGAGUAACUUGAUCCAGGCCUUAACCAUUGUUGGCAGUGAGGAACCUCCAGUUUGGUCUAUAAAAGGAAGAAAAAAACACUAUCUGUACCAAUUAACCUUAGGUUACUGAAGAGCUAGAACACAGGUAUUUUCAUUAUUUAUGAAGAUUGUUUUAAGAACAACACUAAAGUUGAAUUUCUAUUGUAAUUAUGUAAUUAUCAUGCAUAUGGUCUCUGUGUAAACUUGUAGACUGCUGGUGUUGGUGAAUGUAAGGACAAAUUGCAGUUGAUUCCAUGUUUAGCAGUCCAGAAGUUAAUAAUGCCAUUGAUACAGGCAGUUUUAUUGGCACCCACAUUUCUCUGGGGGAGGGAGGGGAAGGAAAUAGCAUUUGGAUACUUGUGUUUUCUUUCCAGAAAAUUAUUAAAUUUCAAAUUAUGAUGUAUUAUCUAAUCAGAAUGCUCAACUUUUCUUGUCCUCCUUGGAGAGUAUCUUCAGACACAUUAUGUUUAUGUGCUGUCAGAACAGUGUUUGACUUCUCAGACAUUACUUGAUUUAAUUGAAUGUCUGUUACACUUGUGGUUUUUUUUUUUCUUAUGUUGAAAUAUACCUACCUCUUCAUCUGCUGAAAAUAAUAUUGAGCAUUAAAUAACUGGUUUCUGAAAUAUGGAGUCCUCUAAUAUAAAUGCACGUUAACUAAUUUGAGAGAAAAAAGUAUUUCCUGUGGGACUAAAAGGGAUUUUUGGUGGUAUUUUUUUGGUUAAGUCAUCAAUAACCUUUUCCAAUGUAAACUUAUACUUUGGAGCGGUACUUUUAGUAUAGCUAAGUGAAGAAAACAUUUUAAGAAUAUAUAAAUAUGAAACAAUACAUUGUUUGAAGCAAGAAGUAAAAGCAGGUUCGCUGCCUGCUGUCCAUGACUUGCAUUAAACCUGUGGUGCUGACUGAGACUGAAAAUGGUAAGGUCAUAUCAUGGUGGAGAGGAAACAACAAUAUGUAAUUCCAUUUAGAAAUGCUGCAUGUGUGGGUAGUCAUGCUAACUACAAGACAGUUUAUUGGGAAAGAGAAUUUGGUUAAAAAAUAAUAAAUACAGGAAGCAUAAAAUGUUGAAAAUGCUGCUGCUGCCUGAUGCACAUUAAAACUCUAUUUGUUUAGACACUCGGAGACAAAGGAUUGCUAGUAUUCAGGCCACCAUUUUAAUGUGAUGGCCAGAGAUGGGCUUCUGAAACUACAUUCCCAAAAUAUUCUUGGUUCUUUUCAACCUAAUUGACGAAGUGAUUCUGCUGAUCAUUUUUAGUCAAAACUGCUAAAAUAUGUAGAAGCCUUUUAGACAGCUUCUCAUCUGAUACGUUAACAGACUUCUUACUGCUCCUUUUGUGAAGAAGAUAUGGAAAGAGUUAUUCUCCUUCUAAGUAAUGUGAUUGCUAAGAGAGAUGUUUUGAGCUGCUCAGCCUGCAAUGAGUAUAGGACAGGGGUGGAAUUAGAAACCAUAUCCUGAACUCCCAUGUUACCUGGUCACCAGUGCAAGAGCUGCAUUGUUGCUGUCCAAAUGCAUUCCUCCCUGCUCUGGUCAAAAACAUAUUUGUAGUUAGUGACAAACUUCCAUCCAGCAAGUGACACAAUUGUUGCAGGAAAAAAAGUACAUGGAGCUGUAGGUGUAAAGUAUGUGACACCUUUAAUAGGUUUGCUUCUUGAUUAUCCAUUUGUCAGUUUGUAAUAUGCAAACAAACAGGAUGCAUCUUCUGUAUAUCAGGUUUGUCUGUUGUCUCUAUACUAAAAACAGUCUAAACCCAAAAAAGAGGUCCUAGGAAAAAAAAAGUGUUGGAUGUAGUCUGUAAUAUUCAGAAAUAAUUCCUAAUGCUGGAGUUUAUUCAGCUAGAAGGUAAUUAAUACAUAAUCACCACCAAAAUACACCACUGUGGAUUUUAUGGCAGAAUAUAGGAUUGUGAAAGGAUGUCUCUGCUGAACUGCAAUUCAUGUGACCAUUACGUUUCCUAUUUGCUGUGUCUUGUGACUCUUCCAGCCUUGGUUUGAUGCUUUUUAUAUCUGCAUAACUCUAUGUAUUUAUGUAGUGUGGCAUGGGGAAGAGGGAUAGGGGUCUACCCUUCCAUCAUGGACAAAUGCCACUACCCUUAACCAAGCCAAAAUGCUGGCUGGGUGGGUAACUUUGGGCUGACUAUGGAGCAAAUAACUACAUGGCAGGCUCACAGAUUUACAGCACACCUGCUACUCCAAGGUCGUGGCUAGUGAGAAUACACUUACCCUACUGUAAACUCAAAGUAGCUUACCCGAGUUUGAUUAAAGGGUAGCUUCUUUCUAUUUGCCAUAGGAAGUGGGCAGCUAACCUGUAAAUCUGUAUCAUUCCUUGUACUGUGUUGGAUUGGUUGUUCGCUCUGUCUUUCUCUUGGUAAGCCAGGUCUGAUAAGCUGAUAAUCUUCAUGUGAUCUAGCUCUGCAAGAGCAUACUAAAAAGUAUUCCAUUACAGGUUCAAUUGUGUCUUUGCUACAUUUUGUAAAGUAAGAAUUAUGUCUUGCAUGUUGACAAAUAUUUAAAUAACUCAAAAGUCAAAUUUUCUCUCCCCUCAUCAUGCAUGGAAGCUGCUUAAAGUUGGUGACAACUUGAACCUUAUUGGCAGAACUUGAGUAGAAUCCUACCUUCAAACUCUGGGGCACUUGGUAACUUAAGAAAAAAAUGAAACGACCCAUUUGCCAGAGUGUAUGCAUACAUACACACGUUGUCUGGCACUGUGGGUAGAUAACAGUAGUUUGAGAGUUUGGCAGUUCAUGGGGAAAAUAAUGAGUUAUCAAAUUGCUGGAACACUGCUCUUUUGAGUCCAUCUUCUGCAAUAUGGCUUUCCUAGGUCUGUUUAUGAUACAUUUGAUCAUUCAUGUGACUUGAGUCCCAUUAUGAUCUUGACUCUAAUGGCCUUAUUAAAUGUGCAUUUUUGUAAGCAUGGUCUUGAGUGCAAUACUUCUGUUUUUGACUAUGCAGCCAGACUCACAGGAUACAGGGCUGAAGUUGUACAGCAUUUUCUUUUUCAAAAUUUGAGGCAAUGAUGCACAUGUGAGAUACUGCCAGAUUCAUUAAAGUCAUCAUUGAGUCCUCGGCACCUCAGAAUUUUGCCAUGGAAGUAAUAGAAUUUCUGUAUAAAUGUGUGUUCUUGCUAUACACAACUGAAAUUUAAAUGAUAAAAUCUACUUUGCAUGUUGCUUUUGGUUUUUGUUUUUGGUGGUGUUUGUUUUUUUUUAAUAAAUACUUACAAAUUAUUUGAAAGUUAAAUUCAAACCCUUUGGAACUUUUCCUUUUUUACCAAUGAAAGUUUUGUUUGUUUGGGUUUGUUGUUGUUGGUUUUUUUUGCUAACAAUUCUGAAGCUCUUGGACCAGAGUCUCUAAUUAUUUGAUGCCAUAUAAGCGAUACUAUUUCAUUUAGCCUCAUCUCUAGCACUGACAGUUGUUUGAUUCUUUUAGCACUUUGUCAGUGUAAAAUAAAUACAAAUUAUCUACAUAUGUGUGUGUAUAUAUAUGUGUACACAUACAGUGUAUAUACAUAUGGGUUCUUAUCAGGUUCUUUCAGUGUUUGAAUUGAAUUAUAUUUCUUUAAUGUGAAGUUGGCACGAGCUAUUUUAGAACAGCUAUUACAGCUUGAGGAGUAAAAUGAAGUAGUUUUCAUUGAUCCACAGAUCCAGUAUCUGUCUUGCAGACGUAAAUAGUAUUUGUCAGUCAUUUUAGACAUAUGGUGGCAGACAAGCCAGAGCCAUUUCUCCCAGUGUAAUAAAUAUUCUGAGGCUUCAGUUGUAGAUUUGAGGGGAGGAACCUCAGCUCAGAGGAGCUGAGGAAUUAUGUUGUUUUAUAGUAGGGAUCAUUCUAGGAACCAGUAGGAGUAAUUUGCUCCAGGUCUUUGUGAAGUCAUUGCAGUCAAAUUCUCUGUUUAACAAAAUACUUUUGAAAUAAAUAAAUAUUUUUCUUAAGGUUCAAAGUAUGCCCUGUUUGAUUAUGUGAUCAUUAACUUCUUCCAGCUCCAGAUCAGGAGAAGAUGAAGGCAAAGUAAAAAUGCUGCACAUUUUUUUCAGGUUAACCUUAGAGCAGGUUUCUUCAGAGUGAUAACUUGACCUCCAUGGGCUGGGGAGGCAGGUAAGAAAGGAGUAAAUAGCUGUUGUGCUGAAAGGUCUUGCUUGCAAAACAGCUCAUGAGUCCACCUGCUGUCUCUAAAAAAACUUGAGUAAAAUUGUUCAUGGUGCCUGAAGUUAAAGCUUUUGUGACAUUAGUGUGGGAUGAAAGUCAUAAUGUUUAAACAAGUAUUUAAAAUCAGAUCUAUAUCAGUUAAAAUUGAAGAGAAUGGGGAGUUUAUUAAUUAUCUGAAUGGUGUAUUUGUCUUGGUUAGAAGCAGGCUAAGCCAAUUGGCACCUAGAGCAAGCCACCCAUAUAACAUCUCACUGUGUUGUGGUCUGAUGAGCUGGCCCCCUUUGCUAAUGGAAGCAGUCAGAGCUCUGUGGGAAUCAGUGAGGUGUUCCCUGUUUACCUCAGCAGAGUACGUUUAACCCUAAAGAACAGUGAAAUACCUGCUUUUUGCCAACGUCCCAAGAGGAUGAGGGAAACGUCUGGUUCAGGAUGCUGCUUUUGCGUAAGGUUGUUCAUGCUUUUGUAAACAAUAAAAAUAAAAAAUACUUUUUUCA